AUGGGGAGUACGCUGCAGCUAGGCCGUAUACGAAAUUACGAACACAAACAGGUAGUACGACCUUCAAGGGCCAAGGCCACCUCGCCGGCUUCCUCGCCCUCGCGCGCCUCCUCCGCCGCGACGCCCUCCUGCCCGACGGCGACGUCGACGUCACGCUCGUCUGCACCCCGCGCAACGGCGCCACCCUCCGCGCCUCCGACGACGACGACGACGACGGCGCGUGCUCUUCCGGGAUGGCCUUCCACGCGCUAUGCCGUUCGCGCCGGCCGACCACGGCGCGGCCUGCCGGACGGCUGCGAGUCCUCCAGCGACCUCCCGCUCCGGGAGUUCAUCACGCUGCUGUUCGAGGCGUUCGAGUCGCUCGAGCCCGCCUUCGAUGGCUUCCUCUCCGGCCUGGUUGAUCAGGAGGGCACCACCGUCUGCGUCGUCGCCGACGGGUUCGUCGCAUGGACGGUCGGCGUGGCGCGGCGGCGCGGGUGCCCGCGCACGCGUUCCUCGUGUCGUGCGGCGCGCUCGGCACGGCCGUCCUCGUCGGAGACAACGACCAGCGAACACGACGCCGUGCUCAGCUGGCUUGACACGCAGCGGCCGGCGUCGGUGCUCUACAUAUCCUUCGGCUCCCAGAACUCGAUACGGCUGCACCAGACGACAAAGAGCUCGCGGCGGCGCUGGAGUCCAGCGGCCGUCCGUUCAUCUGGGCCAUCCGCCCGCCGGUGGGGUUCGACAUGUAUCAAUGGCCAGUUCCGCGACGAGUGGCUGCCGGAAGGGUUCGAGCAGCGGGCGCGCGGCCACGUCGUUCACGGGUGGGCGCCGCGGGUGAGCAUCCUCGCGCACGCAUGACGCAUCCACUGGCGCGUUCCUGAGCCACUGUGGGUGGAACUCGGUGCUGGAGAGCCUGACAUGCGGCGUGCUGGUGGUCGGCUGGCCGUUGUCGGUGGUGGAAAGGGUGAUGGGGGACACGGCGGAGGCGGCGGCACGGGUGAGGGAGGUCAAGAAGGUGAUGGAGAUGGCGUGGGCGGAGGGCGAGGGAGAUGGCCAUUCCCCAUUUCAUAUCAUAAGUUAUUUUAAUUUUUUUCUAGUCAAAUUUCUUUAAAUUUGAUCGUGUUUACAAAAAUUUUAGUAACAUAUAUCAUACCAAAUUAGUUUCAUUAAUUACAAUAUUAAAUAUUUUGAUAGUAUGUUUGUUUUGUGUUAAAAAUGUUACUAUACUUAUCUUGCCAUCUUAGUCGAAUUGUCAAAUGUUUUUGUUAGGAUACUUGUCGUUGUCGAAUGUUAAGUGCAUCCGUUGCUUCCUUUCAAAGUUUGUAUCAAACGAUCUUAAUAUAUUUCCUUGGAGAAAAAAGUUUAAAAUGAAAAUAGAAGUUGAUAUUGAAAGUUCCUGACCUCAAUCGAGGAAUACUCCUUCCUGUCACUAUAAAUACUUUGUUGCUCUGUUUUUCUUUCCCUCCCCCUGUUCUGCUCUGUUUUCCAUUCCCUCUCCUGACUCCUGUUCUGCUCUGUUUUUUUAUUAUUGUUAGAUCGAGUCAUUCGCAUGGCUGAAGAUUCUGUGGUCAAAAGCGUGAAGUUGAGCUCGAUCUGUGCAAUCUGUUUGCACGAGAGCACGUCGCACGGGACGAUCUGUUGCGUCUGGGAAUGCAUUCACGCAAAGGAGUCAUGCAUGCAGGGCCAACGUGCGCAUGUUCUUCCGUUUCCAGGAAUAACAGGAGUAGAAGAAUGAAAAUUAUGCUAGAUGUAUGCAGCACCCAAAUCCUUGUUUUUUUGUGUAUUGUUUCCAAUUCUAAUAAGUGGUAUUAGAGCAAGGCGAUCGACCACCCUAGGGAGCAAUGUCUGCUACGGUGAGUCGUCAUCAUGGGUGUUGCAACGACUUCGGCGGCCGUGAGGACAUUGUCGAGCGUGCGAUCGAUUGAGAAGAGCUUGGACUCGAUCGUCUACCCCAUUCUCACGCGACCCAACUACACCAAAUGGUCCAUGGUAAAGCACAUUAACUUGCCUCCGUAGGACUUUUGUGGCAGGUGUUUGAGGCAAGGACCGAUGAAUUCCGCAAUGACUACACCGCGCUCGUUGCCAUCCUCCACGCGGUCACCGGAGAUGUUGACGUCGCUCUCCCUUAAGAGCUCCAUGAGAGAAGCCUAGGAGGUGAUUCGAGCAGUGUGCGUCGACAUUGAGUGUCUGAAGAAGGCAAAUGCUCAAAAGCUUGAUCAAAACUUUGCUGCGAUCACCUUUAAUGUGGGAAGGAGCAUUGAGGAUUUCUCCUUACACUCACCGGUCUCACCAAUGAGUUGUGCAUGCUUGGAUAUGACAUCACUGAGAAGGAGGUGGUGAAGAAGUUGCAAGUGGUCCCCCAGUACCUUGAACAGGUGGCCUCUCCAUCAAAACUCCUCUCAAUCUUGAUCUAAGCAUAAUUGAGCAGCGGAAGAAGUUGGAGUCUGCUUCUACCAGGGGCAACAUCAGCACCCUUCUUCUUAUCGAAGAGAACUGACUCACAUGCAUUUCAAAGCUCCCCAAGCAGGAUAACCAAUGGAUGGUGGUCAACUUUGGGGCGCCCAACCACAUGUGAGGAAACCAGUCCGCUUCCUCCAACCUUGAUGGCUCACUCAUCUAGAUUGAUGUGGCACAUUCAUCUUCGACUACAAGACUGAGAAGAUUGCUCCUUCAUUGGUGUCUACUACAUCCCUAGAUUGAUGACAAACACCAUGAGUGUGGGCUACAGGGCUAGCUCGACGAGAUCAGAUUUGAGGCCCUAGUUUGAGGCGGAGUCAUGCGUGUCCGACGCAGAAAGGUAUCUCCAUGCCAAGAUUCCAAGCACCCCGAACCAGCUAUAUAUGCUCGACCUCACCAUUGCGCAACAGGUGAGCCUUCUGGAAGGAUGCCCAGAGGUGGUACACACACUUUAGUCACCUCAACUUCCCGAUGUAAUAGAAGCUAGCCCCAGAAAGGCUUUGACCAACUCUGCAACAGGUGCCUAGCUGACAAGUAGUUAGAAUGUUCUCGAAACAAACAUAGAAUAGUGCAAAAUGCAUCCUCAAGUUGGUUUGCGGGGACCUUUGCAACCAGGCCAUGUCUGUGAUGCCUAGUGGUAAGAAGUUGUCUCUAUUGCUUGUCAAUGACUUCAGCAGGUUCAUGCAGAUUGAGAUCCUCCUGUCAAAGGACUAUGUGCUGGUUUCGAUCAAACGGAUUUGGGCGGCAGCACAGGCCCAAAAUGGACACAAUUUGAGCUCCCUCUUCACUGAGCAUGGGGGAGUUUACAUCGGCAAACUUUACAGAGCACUACACUACAACCGGAGUUUGAUACUAACCCAACGCACCGUAUUCACUGCCAAAACGGUGUGAUAGAGCAGUAGAACCAAUCC